UGAGCGGGCCCCUUUUUCCGCUGACUCAAGGGGGGACGCGCACUGUCCAAAGGAAUGUUCCUCACAAGUUCUCGUAUUGAUUGAUCAAUUCAAACUGAACGUGCACUGCUUACAGAAACUCCGCAAGUUGAAUUUUACUCUUUCAUUAUAUCCGUAUUAAUUCUUCUGAUGCAGCUCAUCAAUUGAAAAAAAAAAUCUAACGCCUUUACAUAGACAGUUCACUAGAUAUCUAGUGAGAGAAGAGAGAGAGAGCUAUUGUUCAAGUAUUAAAGGAGCUUCACAACUGGAAAAAGCAGUUCCAUUUAAUCGUCUUUGGGCGGAAGUUCUUUAUCAAUGAGGAAACUGUUGCUACUUUUCAUGCUCCCCAGCAACGUUGAGUCAUAUUUUCUUGACAAUUUGAUGUGGGUUUUUUUCUAGACGUUGACCAGUGGUAACUAUUCGGAAAACAGGCUCAUUUUUUGUUGUUGUAAAGCAGUAGGCAAACAUUUCAUAGGAUUUUGUGGUGAAAUAAUUCCAAAUCUGCAGAAGAGUGACUCCGUGUCAAAAGAGGAAUUGCAAGUACUGUGAAUUUAUAAUUAAAUAAAGGAUACAUUACGUCCUCUAUUUUAAUAGUGGGUGCUUCUAAUAGGGCAAAAAUUGCGAACAGAAUCUUGUAUCUAACUUUACAGAGUCACGCUGCAUUUCCCACUUCAAAAACGUAUCCACUAGUUGCUGGCAUUGUGCACCGCAACGAAGCAAACUCUCGUCGCUGUUCCACUGAGCGGCAUUCGUUAAUUGUCGCGCGCAGCGGAGCGACAGAGGAAAUCCCAGUUGAGACAAAAGUUCGGCGCAAGGUGGGUGUUGAACUGAGGAGGAAAGACCACUGAGAGGGAAACUCAGGCAGAACUGCGGGAGACGGGGAGGUCGUCUGCUGCCAGUCUGGGCCUGGCUGUCGCAAAUAGAGCGGAAUGGACGUUUAAUGGACGCUAGACAGAAAGUAUCUGGCAGGCCUUUCGUACUCAAUAUAGAACAGUGUGCUGUGUUGCUGUUUAUGUUUACCGUUUGUUUUUCUUGGAUGUAAGCUUACAGGUUUUCAGUCGCGUUUUAAAACAGCGCAUUCGUUUUUUCCUGAAAGUGAAAGUUUAAAGUUUGUAGUUUCGUUUCUGGACGUCAUCAGUGGAUUCGAUUUGUUUGAUCACCUGACUUUACAUCGGAUUAAAAGACUCAACAAGAAAGGAUACGUAAGUUUAGAGGAAUUAUCGGCGGACUAAAAACGAAAGUAUUCCUUUUGGUGUUUCCAAUUUCUGCUGUUCUUUUCCUGAUCACGUCAUCUUACUCGUUAUACUAUUGUUAAUCAAUAAUAUAUUACGUCGACUUUCCGAUUUCAGUGUUUUAUUUGUAGUACAAACAUAAUUACGGUCUCUCACACCAACUACACCAUCGAUUCAUCGUGCACUUUGUGUGAACAGGUUCGAGUCACCCUGCCGCUCACCUGGGGGCAUAAAAAUCACCCAAAGUGCUAGGAAAGAUAACUGACCUGCCCUACAAGUGAAGUUUUAAAAGAACUUCCUUGCAAAGACCUCGGAUAUCUUGCUCUGUUUGAAAACUCGACUAUAAGGGAUGCUCAACGUAUGACCGCUCAUUUCUGACAGGAUGAACUCAUACGUGACAGUGACCAUGAAGCUUUUCCUUGCUUCCGUCUUAGCAUUAGCAGUUACACAAGUAUGUGGAUCACAAAAAGAGAGCAAUGGACUCAUGACCCAAAAUGGGAACACCUCAG